AUGGCGCUAUGCAGCCUGGCCGCGAGGAUGCGAGUCCCUGCCGCCGCCGCCGCCGCCGCCGCCCGGCUCCCGUCGGCCCCUCGUGUUUCGCCGGCGUCCGGCAGUCGGGCCCUCCCUUUCUCCUCCUCCUCCAGUAAGAGCGCUAGAGACUGGUACCUGCUUCAGCGAGAACGUUAUGACAGUGUGACAAGAGAGUUAAAAAACUACAGCCGUGAGGUUGUGUGGACUGAAAGGCUAGCUAAGCUGCUUAAUGUGGUAUACGUGCUGGGUAUGCCUUUUAUCGUUGGCCCUUUGGUCUUAAAAGGGAUUGCCAUUCGGAGAAUGUGA